AUAAUUUUUCACUAGACAAAGUAGCUGGCCGGUAGUGAGUUAAGUAAGUGCCUCAGUUUAGUCAGUCAUCUGCCUCAAAUUUGUAGAGCUUCAGUUUAUCCCAUUAUGGGAAACUGUCUAAAAAGCUCCGGGCAAGACGAUAUAUCUCUUUUACACGAUGAAGAAAGCGCAGACUCCCCAACAACAGGCGAACCACCACCGCCAUAUCAGGUCGAGAAACGUUUUCACAUAUUGCCGCGGUUGAUUACUUUGGCGAGUAUUCCUCGUCACUCAUGGCGUUUUUUUUCAUUUUAGGAGGAAGCGCCAAUCUUUAUACAAAGUCAACAUGCUCCUCAUCUCCUAUCUGAAGAACAGCAGAUUCGUUUGGCUCAGCGUCUAGGGCUGAUUCAACAUCUUCCUGUCGGAAAAUACGAUGGAUCGAAAGGAAAAAAGAGAGAGUAUGUUAAAUCACUUUUGUUUUCAAAUAAUUCACACGAAGAAAGGAUACAUCCUUGGGUUUGUAAAUACUAAAUAAAAAGGAUGUAGAUUAUUGGAAAAAAUAUUAUUCAAGUAAGUAAUUAGCUAUGAAAUGCGAUGAAUAUUUUAUUCAGAACGCUCGCUCUGAUUGUUUAUCGAGCCACAACAUGCUAGGAAUAUUUUCCUUGAACAAGCGUCGCUACAUUGGAAUGUUUCUUUGCUAACGCGAUGUUGGAGCACUUUAAACACCAGCAACAGAAUUCUGCUUUGUUUAUACUUCCACUUUAUUUCAUGAAUACAUGUGAUAGAGGAAGCGGUCUGAUGAUUUCUUUGAACGGAACAUGUUUCUUCAAUCUUGUGAAGACAAGCCAAUAUAUUGUUUAUUUCAUAGCCUACGCGAGAAUUUUAAUUAAUGCCAACUACUACACUUUCAGUUUCGUUUCCAUUUCGGACUUUUUUUUCCAAAAAGGACCACGAUAAAUACACGCGAUCUUCCUGAAAGAACUUUGCGCUAUUGUUCACUCAGCCCAUAUCACUUCCGGUAACGAGAGGGUCUUCAUUUCCUUAUCUUCUUAAAACUGGCAACUUUUGGUCACUUUCUUACAGAGAGACAUAUCGCAUUCCCUGGAAAUGUCUGCACUUGUAAAUGUAUUUCGUGAAUCAAGAAUUCUCAUUGAUUCAUCUUUUGUUGACUAUUUAUUCUCGCUGUGAAUUAAUGAUGUUGUCCUAACUACUUGGAAUGCGUUGAAACCACAGCCGAAUUAUAUUUGAAUGUUGAGGGUUUUUUAAGUGCUGGCCUGUUCUUGUGUUUGUUCACCACACGAUUCUGAUCAUUUGCAUAACAUGUAGAAAGUUUCGAAUUCAUGUUAGGUAUAAAAAUUUCAAGCAAUGCGUUUUUUCUUUUACUUAUUUCGAUGUUCAUAUGAUUGUUUGGGCAGCCACAAUACACGAUUGAACGUUUAAAGUUCGAUGCAAUGGAAGUACAAGUGGCACAGAUUAAUUACUUUUUACCAGAGAACAAUGAUUUUUUCCUUUACUGGCACUUGCACAAUUCCAGAUCAAGUCAAGUGUUUCAUGUCUUGUGUUUUCCACAUGACAGUAUGCAUUGUAUGUCACGUUCUCACACGUAAACGGGAUUUGUCGAUGAUCAAUAUAGUUUAUAAACGAUAUUUCAUUUAUCUUUUAACUAUUCACAAGUAGAUGAAAAAGCACAUCGAAAUGAGCCCUUAGCGACCUCUUUAUUCCAAGUUUUUAAUUGAUGAUAUAGAAUUAUAAACCAUAAAUAGGAACAUUGCCUUGUAUGUCGUUGAUUGCUGGUGUUACCAAUCUGUGGGAAACUAUCUUAGUGGGGUACAAGAAAUUGUCAUUACACGGUAAAACUGAACCAUGGGACACUAAUUUUUGUAAGUAAUUCUAACCUCAUAUUUUCCCAAUCGUUGGGAUGAGAAUACAAGCAAAGACAAUGAUUAAAUGCAUGAGUUUGAAGGAUUAGUAAUACUGCACUUUAUUCUUACACUGUACAAUUUGAAAUCCACAGUGUUGUUUAUUUCAAACACUUAAGCAUGAAAAGGCAAAUUUAUGCUAUCUGUGAUGAAGGCAAUUAUGCUAAAAGUGUGACUUUAUUUUCUUCAAACAGGUGUGUUAUUUGCAUGACAGACUUUGCUAUGGGGGAUCCAAUACGGUUUCUUCCUUGUAUGCACAUAUAUCACAAAGACUGUAUAGAGGAUUGGCUGGUGAGAUCAUUCACCUGUCCUUCAUGUAUGGAACCUGUAGAAGCAGCUUUAUUGUCAACAUACUAUGAAGCAUCAACAGAAUAACAACAAUGUAAUUAUGUCUUUGAAGAGACAAAAUGAUAGACAUUUUUUCUAAUGCCUCUUUUUACAAAAACAUUGGGCUGAUGGAACAAAUGGAACCAUGUUCCUGUAAAUCAAUCUGGUGUUUUCCAGAGGAUUCAAGAAAGUAAUUCCUUUUCAGAUAGUAACUUACUAAGGUGUUAUUUAGUAUUAUUUUGAAGGUUUAAAAGGUAACACUAUUUCAUGUUCAAAGAGACAUGGCCCCAUACAAUAUUUCUGCUGUUUCUUUUUGUUUGUAUGUUUUUAAUUUGGAGUUAUUAGAAUUUCCUUCCCAUACUUGCUGUUUUAAAAAAUUCAUGCUCUUUUUUCUUUACACAUGGGUAACAAUCUCUUCAUCUAAUAGGAGCUGUACAUUUUUCAUUUAGGUAAUUUUCUUUGUCUUUAGACACUCCAAAAACUGUACAGAUGAGAUCUUUUCAUUCUCUUUCAAAUCUUAUGCUAUUUUUGACCUGAAAGAACUCAGCCAAAUUAUGCAUCAAUGUAGAAGAAUAAGUUGAUCCUUUGUAAGUUUUAACCUUCUGCCAUUACCAGAUUAUGUUUCAGUCAAGAUGUAGUUAGGAAGCUGGAUUGAGAGUCUAGUCAAAGUGAGGUCUUUUGCCUGUCAUCUUUAAUUUUGAGUGUGUGAAUCCAGCUUAUUUUGUUGUUAGCACAAUUGGAUUAUUGGGUAUUAAUGAUAAUAAUAAUAAUAUUCAUUGAGAGAACCCAGCUUGCCAAGGUGGUUUCCUUCAGGGUCCUCAAACAUGUUAACUUGUACUCUGGGAAACUUCUCUUUUGCAACUGCAUGCUUAGAGCUAUGGUAUCACAAGCAGAAGUUACCACAGAUCUUUCAUAGUACUAUCCGUGUGUAAGUUUUCUAUAUUAAGUAAAACUUGAAGCUUCACUAUCACCUACUUGGUCAGGAAUGCAUAGUACAGACAAAAUCACGCCUCUCAGUCAGUAUUUUACUAUGGCCACUUUGUUGUGAAGACCUGUCUUUUCUCCCCUAAACAAAUGGAAAGCCCUGUAAUUUUCAUAUCAGAAGUCUUAAUUUUUUCCAGACAUAUUCUUCAAAACUGCAGUGGGCAUCUAAUGCACAGGUGUUGGUAUAACUUCUGAUGCCCUACUUAAU